AGGCAGAAUAGUAGCCUAGACGCACAUGCUCGAAACUUGUGGGGACUGUGGGGAACAAGAAAAGCAAGAAGAAGAUUAGCUGAACAAGGAGGUUCAUAGUUUCUUCUCCAUCCAGAUAGCAAGAAGCUCUAAGGCGGGAGUAGAUUUUUUCCAGUUUGGCAUGAGAAGAAGCAAGAGGAAAAAGAAGAAGAAGAAGGAGAAGAAAACGAAGAAUGUGACUCGAUUAGUGGAGACCACAUCAAAAUCUGUUUUACCCUGAUUAUCCCUUGAGUUGAGUGCUUCAAUGGUUGACCGGAGUAUCACCACCAGCUUCCACUUGCCAGAGGUUCCGAUUCAAAAUUUCAAAGAGACUCCCAACGGAAAACAACAACAGCAUUUACCGCACCGCCCUCUACCCACAGAACAACUUCAUUGUUCAGCUUUCGUUUUGUUCAAGAGUGACACCAGAUUUAGAAGGAUUAUGCCUCCCUCUUAUCUUGCCACUUGAAAUUUGAUCUGAACAGGAAUGCUCCAUUAGAUUAGCGGUCCACAUGAAGAAGUGUUCAAAUUUAAGAGUGAAGACUAGUUGGAAGUAGUGAAUCGGGAUCAGUGUUCAAUCCCAAAAAGACGUCGGGCUCCUCCUUCUUCGUUUUGUGUAAAUUAUAACCCGGAAAAUGAAGCUGAAUCAAGGCGCAAGAAAAUUUGGAAUGGUUGAAGAUGUGGACGGGGCUUCCAAAGGCUUAAUGGUACGAAGCAAAGUUCGGAAGCGCAGCGUUAAGACGCCUCAAAUCCAGGAGCGAGGAAGCCAAUUGAAACCGAUCAGACCCAACACCUUGGCGCUCAAGCCCGUCCAACUUGCGACGGAUUCCUCCCUCAUCUUGUCCGACCCUUUGCCUUCCACACCCAUAAGGCGAUAUUGGCGACAAGUUGGGUCCUCAUCCAAGAUGGUUAAGAAACGGGGUGCUUCCAAUGGCGGCUCGAAUAAGAUCUCCUCAGAAGGGGUCACAUCACCUCUUCAUUCGCGAAAGGUCCGAAUCGUGGACACCCAAAACUCUGUGUCCAGCAAGGAUGGAAAUGGAGCUCGACUUUUGGCACCAGACUUUGAAGGUCAUUUUCAACAUCCAAUAAUAUCAGAAGUUCUGUCAUCCUCGUUGAUCGCGACGGAUGCCAAAGAUCUGGCCAACCAGAACCUACAUCUUGUGCUUGAAAACCCAAUUCGAUACUCGGUUCAACGGGUUUACUAUGACAGAUUUGCCCUCAGAACACGGGAGAACCCUGAUGUGGAGUUUGAAGUGCACUUGGGACCACAAACGUGUACUUGUAUGGAUGAGUGUCCUUGCCUUCACCUGAUUUACGUCCUUGUGGUGGUAUUUCGAAUGCCAAGCUCCUCGGUCUCAUCGCUGCUUCUCUCCGGACCAUUAUCUACUCCACAAGUGGAAAACCUGCUGGCAAUGUUUGAAACCAGAAGAUCGCAUCAUUUCUCGUCCGGCAUUGAGGCUCCUUGGUCGGCCCGAUCAGAUUCGGACAACGAGGCAUUUUCAAAUCACAGUAAUGAGAACUCUUGCUGGUUGUGUUACUGGGACUUGGAUUCAAAAGAAUCCAAUGGCGACCUGAAUUCCGGCGAUGGAAUUCACACGUCAUCUUGUUGUGGCGUCACCGCCCAUAGUGAAUGCGUCAAUCUUUGGACCCGAGAUCAAACCUUACUGUGUCCCGGAUGUCAACAGCAUCUGUGGCAUUCCUCGUCAAAUCGUAGUAAUAGACAUCAAUGCAAACUCGAGAAAGGCUUCUCCCCACAGAGGUUUUCGGACCUGAUCUCAUUGCCCAAUAUGGAGGCUAUUGAGCAUAAAGAUUGGACCACAGCCAACCCUUGGAUGGGUGUAUUGGGUCGCGAUGUGGUGGCUUGUCUCUUAGCCAAAGACUGGAUCAUACGGGAAACCGCAUUGAGACGUCUGUCCCAAGAACUGUCGACCUUCUCCAUGGGAGACUUUUCCGAGAAAUUCCAACGCUGUGUCCUGGACGUGCUAGCCAAGAUGGUCGUGGAUAAGGUGUUCAAAGUUUAUUUUGCUGCCAUUCAAUGCAUGAGACUUGUCCUUCGCAGUUUACCACCUCAAAAUGACAUUUCUGGAUUCACCCAUCAACUCAAGCCCGUUUUGCAAGGCAUUCUCCAGAAGUGUGCUGACGGAAAUAAACGAGUGGCGGAUUUAAGCACAGAAGUGCUUAUGGAAUUGGCCACAAGUGGAUUCAUGCCAUUCAACCGUUUCCAGGGAAUAGAAGGGAACUUUGCUCUCGACUUCAUAUUACAACUCAUCUUGGAAGCCAAAGAUCUUCAUCUCCCCACUUGCAGCCGAACAAUGGGACGUUUGCUCAUUUUGGAAAAGCUCCUUUCAGAGCUGGAACAGGAGUUUUCCAUUCAAGGCUUAGCGUUGGGUGGAACCCACUCUCCCACGUUCCUCCAGGAGAAGCUGCGAUCCAACCAUGAUCGUUUGAUGAUUGCCAUUGAUAUAAGCUUCUCUCAUUUACAAAGCAAGCAUUCAAAUAUCAUCAAAACGUCCAGACAGAUUUUUAUGACUUGUGCCAAACUGGCUGUGAAGAGCGCACCCGUCUUUCGAGAUCUUUGCCAUCUCUUGUCGGCUUUGGAACCAACCUUUCAAAUCCGAUUGAGAAAACGCCUCUUAACCAUAGCGGCCACUUCGAAGGAAGGCUUGACAGACCAAUAUCUCUUUUUGGACAAGCUGGUCACGAAAAAUGCUCAUCUCCACCAAAAAUGUUCCUCUCAAAUGACAAGCUAUCGAUCUCCAUAUGCUCGAAGUAGCUCUAUGAGUCCUUCUAGGCGGCAAAUGAACCCUUUGCUUCGAGGAAGCUCUGCCAGUCCCUCUCGAAAGAUAGAUUCAUCUUCACAAUCUUUUCGAGCGAGUGUACCUGUUCUCCUGGCCACUGUUGGGCAGAAGAUGAGAGGCUCCACCAAAUUAACCCACUUGGACAUGAUGAAGGCCAGUGGAACAACUGACCGUAGUCUACCUUAUAGACCGUUAGGAAACCCUGCGUUAUUUUCUGGCUCCUCCUCCUCGUCCUCGUCCUCGUCGUCCUCGUCGUCGUCGUCAAGGCCCCGAACGAUCUCCGAGCAAGCUCAUUUCAAUUCGGCCCCAGAUGUGUUUACGCAAGACAGGUGCCCUUUCCCCAGUAAAGCUCAAAGUCCCGAUGAUCUCCUCAACCAUCUUCAUCCCAGAGUGGCGGAGGCCCUGUCCUUGAGCUCUCUCUUUGACACUCCUUUGCCUCUGAUUCCCCAGUUAGUGCCAUCCUCCGAGGAACAUCUAAAUUCUCUUCUUUGGGGACGGUCUAACUCUCGAUCUCAGGGCUCAAGUUCCGAUCCGUGGGGUUUCUACUUGGAGGGCAAACAUUGGACCAAGGGCACGAUUCUAGGAAGUGGUGCCUUCAGUUCGUGCUCCUUGGCUCGAGACCAAAGCACAGGCACCAUCAUGGCUGUUAAGCAGAUUUCCUUGAAUCUCGGAUCCACUAACGACGAACAGAUCCGGAAUGGUACCAUGAUUCGAGAUGAAAUUGCCCUCCUGUCUCAAAUACACCAUCCGCAUGUGGUGCGAUUCUUUGGCGCCGUUGAAGAAGGAUUCCAAGUGAAUCUCUUCAUGGAAUGGAUGCCAGGUGGAUCCGUGGCAAAGCUUUUGGAAGUAUACGGACCAUUCAACGAGAGCAUCACCCUUCGAUAUGCAUUUCAAGUCUUACUGGGUUUGGAGUACCUUCACGCUUUUGGCAUUCUGCACCGCGACCUAAAAGGUGCAAACUUGUUGGUCGAUUCCACCGGAACUCAUCUGCGUAUUGGAGACUUUGGAGCAGCCUCUCGAUUUAUUUCUGGGGCAAACACUUUCGAUGGGACUCAAGGUUCAUCGUCUGCGUCGUCAGGAAGCGAAGGUCAAUUGCAAGGAACCAUCGCGUUCAUGGCCCCUGAAGUAUUGCGUGGGAAGGUGUGUGGUCCUAGUUGUGACGUUUGGUCGCUUGGGUGUUGCAUCAUCGAGAUGAAUACGUCUAAGCCCCCGUGGAAUACUCCGGAUAUUUCCAAUCACCUGGCAUUAAUAUACAAGAUUACCAGAAGCCCUGAUCCUCCGAGUAUUCCGGCCAAUAUGUCCUUGGGCUUAAAGGACCUGACCAUGCUAUGCUUAAGUCGAGACCCGCAAUCUCGACCCAGCUCAGAGGCCUUAUUACUUCACAAUGUAUUUGGACACAUCUGAGUAGCUUCGUGUUUGCCUCUCCAUCCUUGGAUCCGGCAAAGACGGCUAUUUACUCUCCAGGGAGAAGUACCUCUUCUCAUAUUUCAUCAUCAAUUCAUACUCAGAAACAACUUAAUCUUGUUCUCGAGGAGUACAUAGACACACACACACUCACACACACACACAUACCAUCACUGUACAAAACCUGAUGCUGCUGUUGCUGCUGUUACUUGUUCUGCGUCGUAUUUGACUGACGGGCACUUACCUACCAGGUAAUGGAGUAAUGUCAUUUCCGAUUGCAAAGAAAAUUUAAUUCCCCCGUGAGAGUUUUAGCACAGUCUUACCUGAAACUUAACAUCUGGAAAAGAUUGAUCUCCGUUUGUACAAUAUACAAUAUGUGCAUAUUGGGUGCAUUUCUAUUUUAGUAUUUUUCCAAUGGACACAUUUUGAUCGUUCUCAGCUGAUUGGACUCUCUUCGAGUCUGAAACUACUAUUGCCUAAGUAUGUCUGUCUCUUAAACAGUAAUUGAAGUGCCAAAGGAUCAUAUCGAAUCAAUGUUCCCCCAGGAAUAGAACAAUACAAUGCACUCUUUUGUAUGAUGUCUGGUACACGUUUUGAUGGAGGUUGUUGACCUGACAAUGAUACACUUGAAAAUAAAUCGAUAUCCCAUGCCUUAA